AUGGCCAUAGAAGCCGACGCACAGUGCCGUCGAGCUUUCGAAUUCCAAGACCGGAAUCGACGGAAAUUUCAUGCUAUCCAGGCGUCGAAUGAGCGCCGGAGUGCAGAACGUGAUUUUGCCCGAUACGAGGGAGAAAACAGAACGGAGGUAAGGAGGGAGAAAUGGACUGAACGUCCUGGAUCGCCUUUAGAACGGCGUCCGGCUACGAAGAGACCUGGAUCUCCAGUUGCCCGUCCUCCUCUUCAGACUACACUAGCUAUCAGGCAUGCUCCUGCUUUGACUCCUCUUCCAACGCCAACUUCAACAAAGAGAAAAGGCUCCAAGACUCCGGAGCCUUCUAGCACGAUUGUCUACUCGUUCUCUACUCCGAACUCUUCGAAAUCCGUUCCUCCACGCUGUAUUUCGCCAAAAAAUGUUUUGAUGAAGUGUGCUGCGCUGACGAAGAAAACACCGGAGAGGGUUUAUAAUCCAAAUACCUACAAUCCGAACUGGGCUGCAGAAACAGAUCAUAUUGCCCGGAGAGCAGCCAGAACUACCGACCCCGCUACUUCGGCCCGCAUCCACCCUCCGCCCCGUCCACGUCAGCACGAUCCAAAUCUCUGCUCGCGAAAUUGCCCUAUACACUCGCGGCCAAAGGAGCCAAAAGCAUCUGCCUCUCAUGUGCCGGUUCCUCCAACACGUCCUCCAGUCCCAGUGCGACCUCCUCGACCUCCCACCAUCUCUCUUUCCAUCCACUCCAAGCCUUCAAGAGAAGAGAUUCCUGUAGCUGUUGUCAAUGACGCCAAUUACUAUGCCAUCAAGGCCCAGUCACAAGCCAAAGGUAUCUUUAAGUAUCAAAUCGAAGCCUUUUAUUUGACCCCUUAUGCGUUUACAAUUCGUAGUGCACUGGUAUUCUAUCUGAUUGCAUUUUUCCGUACUUGUCGCGUGAUUCACAACUACAAAAUUACUCCUCACUUUGAAAAACGGGCUCUCGGUGUUCACUGUCAGGUCGUCCUCUCAGGACCCGCGCUCGGUCCUCAAGCUCUCGCACCGAAAUAG